AUGGCCACAAAUAUACACGCCCUGCUAUCAGACGCCCAGGACAUUGCUUCCAAGGAUCUAGCUGGUACCAAAACCCCCACCCAAGUACCCUCACCAUCGCCCUCACCCUCCUCCAAUUCUCUUCCUCAGCCUCAAACGCAGCCAAAAGCAAAGGUCCGAAGCAAGUACCGCCAUGUUGCAGCAUUACAUUCCAAAGUCCAACCAUCCGUCCUUAGUCAUGAGACUCCAGAGAGCCCUAGUUUCAUUGGAUUCCGCAAUCUCAUGGUCCUCACGAUCAUUGUCAUGAACCUGCGUCUCGUCGUUGAGAACGCUCGGAAAUAUGGCCUGCUCAUCACUCUUAAGUUCAGUCUCAGCAACCAUGAUAUGAGGACCGCCCUCAUUCUAUACGCACUCACCCCCUGUCAUCUAUUCGUGGCAUACAUCAUCGAGAAAGUUGCCAUGGAGAAUGCCAAAGGUGUCAUAGGCAGACGCAAGAAGGCGGACUUGGGCAAGAACGAUCCGCAGAUCGAGAAAGAGAACAAGGAUUUUUACUAUACCUGGUGGUGGAUUGCUGUCAUUCAUACCAUGAAUGCUUCUCUGGCCUUGCUGAUCACUAGCGUUGUCGUCUAUUGUUUCAUGGACAACCCAGGGCUCGGAGUCAUCAGUGAACUUCAUGCCAUUGUGGUAUGGCUCAAAACCUGUUCAUACGCAUUCACAAACCGGGAUCUUCGACAUGCCAUGUUGCACCCAGGAGGGCCCGAAUCAGCCUUGCCUGAACUAUACUCCAAAUGUCCAUAUCCACGAAAUGUCACUUUGGGAAACUUGUGCUACUUCUGGUGGGCUCCAACACUGGUCUAUCAGCCUUACUAUCCAAGAUCCGAUCGAAUCAGGUGGGCGUUUGUUGCAAAACGACUAGGAGAGGUGGUGGCUCUCAGUGUCUUCAUAUGGCUCACUUGUGCUCAAUACGCAGUCCCCCUCUUAGAGAACUCACUCAGUGGCAUGGCGGUUUUGGACUUCUCAUCCAUCCUGGAGCGAUUGAUGAAAUUGUCGACGAUAUCCCUCAUAGUGUGGCUUGCGGGAUUUUUUGCCCUGUUUCAGUCUUUUCUCAACGCAUUGGGCGAGAUUAUGAGGUUCGGAGAUCGACAAUUCUAUCAAGAUUGGUGGAAUAGCACAAAUCUGAAGACAUACUGGUCAACGUGGAACAAACCAGUAUAUCACUUCAUGCGGAGACAUAUCUAUUCGCCUCUGCUGGGCCGCGGUUGGUCUCAUCAGGCAGCCAGUAUGUGGGUAUUUGUCUUUUCCGGCUUCCUUCAUGAACUGGCGGUAGGCGUUCCAUGCCACAGCAUUCUCGGCGUUGCUUUCUUCGGUAUGGUUGCCCAGUUGCCCCUGAUCCUCAUAACCGAGUAUCUCCCCACCAAGGUCGGCACGGGUAAGGUCGUAGGGAACUGCAUUUUCUGGGUCAAUUUCGUGUUCGUAGGUCAACCCUUGGCCGCCAUGAUCUACUUUUUCAGUUACAAAUCGAAGCACGGUCAGUUGGGCGAGGCUAUGAACUAA